AUGAUUCCGGGCCAAAUCGUUGCGUGCUGGAUCUUUUUGAUUGCUUUCGUUUCCGGGUUUUCUGUGAAACAAGCGCAUGUAGCGUUCAAAGGUGCUAUUAAAAAAAAGCCCGUGGCUUUUACAGAACCUAUCUCGCCAGAAUUCCAAAAACUGAGUAAACUGAUCGUUUUGGAUGCAAUUGAAGAUGGCUUGGAAGUCAAUUUUGCAAUUGAAAGUACUUCUUUGCCCGAAAGGGCUAUCCUGUUCCUCGGGUCCCAGGAACUUGCGUUAGACACGCAUUAUCUUCCUCAAAUCAAGGGCAGAGGCCAGGAUCAAAGUUACAGUUUCAAGGUGGCAGCCAAGGAAAUUCCUUCUGCUCUUAUUUACCAAGCCACUCAAAAAGGCGAAUCGUUGGUCGCCAGCCUUUUGCUAAGCAGCGAGCGUGCCAUAGACAACAUUUUCAUCGAUCUUUUUGAUCUGAAACUCGGUUUUGACAAGCCUGAAUCUCUUGAGCUCCCUAAACGGUUAGGAGCUUUGCCCGAAAUCAAGCACAUCUUCAAUGCCCCCCCUAAGACAGCACCCACCGUUGUUGCUCAAUUCUUCAGUUUACUAGUGGCGACCGUGUCUGUUGGACUAGUAGCGUGUUGGUUCACGACUGGGUCUGUAAAUUUCGAGGGAUUCCCCAAAGGUUGCCCAGGUGGCCAAUUUCUUGCCAUGAUGGUUAGCAUUGUUGCCAUGGAAUACGUGUUCAUAAAGUACUAUUUGGGUACGAGCAUUUUCGGCACUUUGUGGAGCGCUCUAUAUGUAGGUCUGCCUGGAUUGUGGAUCGGAUCGAAAUUCUUGUCCAAUCUCAAAUGA